AUGGUUCUCGGUGCGUGCGCGCACGCCCCUCUGCCUCGGGCGCGGUCUCGCGCUUGCGUGUGCAACCGGCCUACCGCGAGCGACGCACGUUUCCCGCCAACGCUCCUGUGCCACAGCACAACGCUCCUGUGGGAGGAGGCCGACCGCGGCAUCCAGUGGGUUGCCGAGAAGGUUGGCAAGUGUGCAAAGAUCGACGCGCGCAAGACGGCGACGAGCUACGGGCAGGGCCUGCUGGACCAGGGCUCCUCGCUCGCCGCGACAGCGAGACAGGAGUACACCAAGUCGGGCGUCGCGGCCGAGGCCCAAAAGGCGAAGGGGAUGUUCAACUGCAUCGACCAGUGCAUGCCGGACUUGGACGAUGCGGAGGUGACGACCUUCUCCAAUGGCUGCUGCAUCUGCUGCGUCUCGUCUCAUCACACGCCGAUGGAGUUUUCGCUUGCGUGCGCGAUAAUGUGAGCGAGUUGCUGCCUGAGCUGUGCCUGAGCUCUGGUCCCCCGAGCCGGGGACUGCUUAUUCGGACGCGCCGCCCUCCGCCCGCGGCCAGCCCGCGCCGCUCGCCGCUCUCGACCCGCCUCUCGCGUUGCCCCCGCGCGGAGAGCGCCGCGUCCGCUCCCCUUCGCCGGACCGAGGCUCGGCGGCACCUCCUCUCGCCGCUCUUUAGCCUAGGCGUGUUGUUGUCUCCCCCUCCCCCAUGAUGCACCCCCGGUUGAGAUGCGCGUGCGCGUACACAUAUGUACUGUUUUGGUGUGUGCUGUCGACCAACAGUGUUUUGUGUGUGCAUUCAGGGUAAUUGAAAUCUCUAGUCUU